AUGCAGAACCAACAGGUGCAACAGCUAAUGUCAGGAAUGAUGACCAACGCGGUGGGAAGGCCGACCGCUGGAGUGGGAGGCCUGUCCGACAUCUCCAGCUUAAUUGAAGCAGGGCAGCAGUUUGCGCAGCAGAUCCAGCAGCAGAACCCAGAGCUGAUCGAACAACUGAGGAACCACGUCCGCAGCCGCUCGUUCAGUGGCAGCGCAGAGGAGCACUCGUGA